GUCUAAAUGAACAAUAAGCUUAUACGUAUUUCCGUAACAUUUUGAAUCAAUUCUUCACCUCCCUUCAGCAUGGCUACCCCGCCCAUUCUGCGUGAUUGUUUAACCUUGAACUCAAAGGCAAAGUACUCAAAUAAGGAAUGUCAAAUUCCCACAAAAAUAAGAUGUAUUUUGAGCAGAUGCUUUACAUGUACACGUUAGUAGAUGCCAGAUCAGCAUGAAGUGUUUCGUUGUGUCAAUCUUGUUGGUUCUCCAUUGCCAAUGGUCGCAUCAAUGGUACCCAGCGGACUGUGGUACAAGUCAAUACCCUGAUGCUGGUACAGAGACCCCUGCUGGUGUCCACAUUGUGGGAGGUGUAGAAUCCAGACCCAACGAAUUUCCAUGGACCGCGAUGUUGAAUAAGCAGGGUGGCUUCACUUGUGGGGCGUUCGUGAUAAACGAGAACUGGAUAAUGACAGCCGCCCAUUGUCUGGACAAGAAUUCAAAACCAGAAGACUUCACGGCAACCGUCCGUUUACACGACAGAACAGAUUUACUCCAAGGAGAAGAGGUAUUGUUUGAUUUGAUAGUAAAACACGAAAACUAUGACGACUCGACAUUAGAGAAUGACAUCGCAUUGCUGCGAAUGGCAUUCCCGUUCGAUGGCCCUACCGAUUUUGACAACACAUUGAGACCAAUAUGUAAACCGAGGACCAAUUUCACAUAUGAUACCACUCUGCUCGUAGCAGGAUGGGGCACAACAGAAUCAGGUGGUACAUCCCCAGACAUCCUCAGACACGUAAACUUGCCUAUUGUGGACAAUGAAGCAUGUGCAGCAGGAUAUGAUCCAGUCACAGAUCCAGUGUUUGAUAGUAACAUAUGUGCUGGAGAGGAGGGGAGAGAUUCUUGUCAGGGCGACUCUGGCAGUGUGAACGCCUUCAAUAACAAUGGAGUGUUUGAAGCUGUGGGAAUUGUAUCAUGGGGAAGAGGAUGUGGAGAUCCAACAGCAACUGGAGUUCUUACUAGGAUCACAUCCUUCCUUGACUGGAUAGAUAAUGUCAUGGCAGCAAACGCCUAAUUCUUGAGUCGAUAAAAA